CAUUCCUUCACUGUCGGUGUGCAGAGACGGCUUCGGUAAACCCCCAAAUCCCGCUCCAGCUGUACAUUAUGGAAGAGAUUAAUAACGUAGAAGUCGUUCCGUGCACAGAGUCCGAAUACCUGAAGCCGUUCCGGGUGCUCUACAAUCAGAAUGGCACAAAGAAAUCCUGGGACUUUAUGCAGAGUCACGACAGCGUAUCUGUGCUGCUCUUCAACACCACCUCACACUGUUUUGUCCUCGUCAAGCAGUUCCGUCCAGCUGUUUACAUGUGUGAGUGGGAAAAGGCCAAGACGAAGACCUCUCAGGGCGCCGAAAAGACCGAAGAGGGCGACGCCUCCGAAUCUCAAGAGGGCCAGUCGGCCUCGGCCGAGGAGAGCUCUCCUUCGUCCCAAUGGCCCCCGGCCUCGGCGGGGGUCACCUAUGAGCUCUGUGCCGGCCUGGUGGACAAACCGGAUCUGUCGCUGGAGGAGAUCGCCCGGCAGGAAGUGCUGGAGGAGUGUGGCUACGAUAUACCAGCCUCCAAGCUGAAGAGGAUUACUUCGUUCAGAACAAACGUGGGUUUAAUAGGUUCGAAGCAGACCAUGUUUUACGCCGAGGUUUCCGACGACAACUGCGUGAGCGCCGGCGGAGGCGACCCGCGCGAGGGGGAACUCAUCGAGGUCGUCAAAGUCCCGCUGCACGAGGCCAUGACGUUUGCCUACGACGAACGUAUACCCAAAUCCCUGGGCCUCAUUUUUAGUUUCAUCUGGUUCCAUAAUAACAUGUCUCCCAAGUACAAGAUAUCCACCAAUGUGUAACUAACAUUAGCCACUAUUUCUAUUAUUUACUGCAUAUUAAAGUCAAACACACUGGCCCGGCACACCCUCUGCUCCCUCACAGCUCAUCAUCCUGUGUUGCCUUUUCUGCUCAUUGGUACACAAAGCAGGGUGGGCUCCUUCUUUUGUCUUUAUCACUUCUUUUUUAAAUUAUUUUUUAUGUAUUUUAAAUAUUCUCCUACAAAGAACCAGUUUGGCGCUGGUGCAGCUUCUCUUAAAUAAUUUUUUAAUAUGCUAAUUAUCUAUUUCUCAUGUGCCAUCUCUUGUUAAUGGCUUCAUAUCACUCGUCAUAUUUGCCUGCACAAUUAAAGGAAGGCUCUGGCGCUCUUGGAUGUUUUCUAUUUUACAUCAUUGUAGCCAUUUUUUAGGUAUUUUAAUUAGGCCUGUCACAAUAACAAAUUUUUGCUGGAUGAUAAAUCGCCCUACAAGUUAUUGCGAUAAACGAUAAUAUUGUUUUUGAGACCAUUUUCAGGUAAUAUAAUGGCAAAUAUCAUUAAGCUUUAAUUUUUAAUGAACAUUUAACACUAGAAAUGGAAGAUAUUUUAAAUAUCCAAAAUAAAUAAACUGAAAUACUAAAUAAAAUUGAUUUUAAAGUCUCUGUAAAUAAAACUGUUCUUCAACAAAGGGAUUAGUUGAGACCAGCACACCAGACUUGAGACUUUGGUCGUCCAAUUUUUGGUAGAAAGAGAGAUCAAUAAACCAUGCAAAUGGAAAUUAUUGAGCUCAUUUUAAUGGCUCAUGUGAUUAAUUGAUUCAUUGCUAAUUGCAACAGGCCUAAUUUCAACACCUUUGUAAAUUAGGCAUGGGCUGGUUUGUACGGAGCUCUUCAGAGGGCAUGGGGAAACUUUUUUUCUUUUGCGUUUCCUUGCAAAAGGUUUUUUGUGUUCUCUACAAUAAUACUAAUCAAUUCAUGCAGCAUAAUUGAAUACUGUAAGCCUUUCUUACUGCACUUUCUGCUUUAAGCUAUGUAAGGUUUUUUCAUGAAUGUUAAUAUCUCUUUGUGAGAUAUCUGAAGUUUUAUAUAUUUUUGUUUAGUAUAGAAAUGAACCACAAACCUAUAAACAGAAACUUUCCAUAGGUAGGAAAGAAAUAAAAAUACACCUAAACUUCUUGGACUAUUUCUGAGUUAUUGCGGGAAACAAGUCAUCUGACAGUUUUAAUUGUGUCUCUAUUGUGCUGGAAUGGUUUUAAAGGGCCGUUUUCAUGUGCAGUUCUGUCUCGAUCUUACACAAACGGACGUAAACAUGCAAAGUCGAGUUUCAAUCAGUUUUUUUUCACCAAAGAGUUUAUAAUAAUAAACACGUUUUCACUGAGGCUCUGUAAGAGCCGUAUGAAUGAAAUGAGUAAUUAUUGAUAUGCCAGGAGCAGGCGGCUUUGACACCUGGGUGGUGGGUGUGUCGAUGUGGGCGUGGCUGUCAACAAGUGUGAAUGGGAAGGUUACUGGCCUGGUGUGUAUGAGGAAGCGGGUGAGCAGGGUGGUCAUAGUUUCUGUUGACCGUGUUGUAGUGCCGUUGAUCGUUGGCACUUGUGCAUUGUUUGGUCUGGUCAGUCCGUGUUGCAGUCCUUGUAAAGUUUGAAGCAUGAUUAUCAAAAUGGGGAAAAAGCGAUAAUUGUGACAGAUGAGAUUCCCCGAGUUAACCCAGUGCGGCCCUCUGCCACCAUUUGUUGCACAUUUAGGCUCUUUAAAUAUGUAUAUAUUUGAAAUGUUGAUUGACAUUCGUGACUGUAUACAAAAUAGACCAGCAAAUAUUGCAGUAAGCUUAUUGCGAGGGAACGCAAAAGAAAAAGAUUUCCCCAUGUCCUCUGGAGGGCUCCGUAGGUUUGAGAUUCCCUCCAGUUUUAUGGUAUCUUGUCCAAAACUGAGAGCAAAAAUGUAUAAAAAAAUCUUACUGCUUCUAUUUUGAAAAACACCAACUAUUAUUACAAGUUCUCAAAAAACAUUGAAUAUUACAGUGAUGUUGAUUUUGAUGCAUAAAACAAACAAACACAACACAACUGUCCGUGUUUUUCAUGACUGGAAAUAUUUCCAAAUUUAUCUUUGUUACAUGUGAAGGUAAGUCAAGCGAACUGUCAGUAUUUUAACAACAUGUAGGGGAGGGGAAGUGUUGCGUUAGCUUAAUCUCUGCUGAAUAAAUGGUGUAAUCUUGGCAUACAGUAACAAUAACCGGCCCAUGCCUACAGUAGAAGGCAGUUAAAAGUCACAAACAUCUCAAUAAUGCAAAGACUCACCAUUUAGAAACACAUUCCCAUUUAUAAGUACCUAAAAAGCAACAUUUUAACAAUGAAUUUAACCCACAUUUACCCGGCAUUCACCCUGAAUCUGAACCGGACAGCAGAUAAUCACCCAGUUAUGCAAAAACGUUGAGGUGUUCAGGCAAGCCAUAUGUAAUUCCUUCGAUCCCCGUCCUUUAAGCAAUAGCUGUUCUACUACCCAAUGCUGAAAAAUAAUUUAUUAGCCUUGAAAUUAGUGCCAGUCGAGAUAUAAUCAACCCUCGAUCACACAGGGAUAUCACACCCAACUUUACUCUGAGGGAACUGAAGCACAAUCAUGCUAGAAAAUGAUGUACAGCAGAACUUUUUGAAUAAAAGUUAUAUAUGUAAUGUAUUUUUCUUUCCUUUUUUGCUGAUGACACACAGUUUAAGCUCUAAUAAAAUUAGGCUCAUUAACGCACUCAAAUCCACUCUUGGCAUCUUUGUUUUAAAAGUUACCUACCCUUGCAGAUCAUUAGUGAGAAGAAUGGAUCGUUUUUCUUUUCCAUAGGAACUUUAAGAAGACAUUAAUUAGCAUUUCCAAAAUGAACAUUCUUCUAUACACAAAUUACAAGAAAAACCUCAAACUCAUGAAUACACGGCUAAUCUCUGAACAUCAGCAAAUUGCCAAAUCUCAGGUCCAACUAUUUCAACCUUAUACUUUUAACAAAUCUUUGAACGUGACAAUGAUCAGCAUGCCAUUAUUCAUAAUCCUGAAACAUCCCAUUUCAGCUAACUUCCAGCUUGUGUAUCCGAAGACAUCCAAGUGUCCUCUGUAUUUUUAUUAAAGGGCUGGUACUUCAUUAAUUAUUUCAUGUGUAAAAACAAAAUAAUUCUCACACAGAAGUGUUAAAAUGAUAUGCAAGAUCUGAAACAACGGCCAUAGUGUUUGUGCAACACGGUGAUGUUUGUGUAGAGCAGAUAACAUGUUUCCAAACGAGAAAAAAAAGCAAAAUUAAGUAACUGAUAUGUUGUUAAAUGCGGUGGCACAAGAAUGCCUUGGGAGAUAUAAGGCUGUGUGAAGUGCAAUGUUAAAAAUACUUGUUAGAAAUCAUUUAUUUGGUGAUUGUGUUUCUAGGAAGUUGUACACCAAAACAAGAUAUAACGACUUGAGCUUAAGCCUAGUGUUGAUUUUAAUUCAACAAUUGUAAGGUAGUUUUUUGGAAUCUUUUUCUUUGGUAUGUUCAUUGAGUUUCAGUUUUUUAGCAACAGCUGAUGCAGCAUAAAUUUCUCUUUUAUUUAUUUAAAAAGAUAGCUGACUCCACACUUAAUUAGAAAAGUAGACCACUAAACCCUACUUGAAAAUAAAGUUUAGGCCCCAUUUACACAGGAUUAAGACCACUUUGGCAUUUUACCGCUGCUUUCCUGGUUAUCUUAUCACUUUGCUACCAGCAUUUGGAUCAUAUCUGUACUGCAAUCUAAUUUAACAGUGUGCAUAACUUCCCAUUGCAUGUUAUCGUUUACAUCUGGAAAUUUGGCUCAUGUGCACAACGCUGAACAGCAAAACAUUUAUUCUUUUAUCAUGCCAUUGUUGGUGCGUUAGAAUAAAAUGAAACCUGGAGAUGUAGAUAUUAAUUUGGUGCAGUGUGCCGCAGCAAAGGGGGAAAAUAAUGUAGAAAAACCACUUUUUUUUCCUCUUGCCGUUGCAACCGACAACAGCGCCACCUUAUGUUUCAGAAUUGAACACCAAAAAACACUCAAACAUUUCUCACAGACAGAAUACAACGUUCAGUCUGUAAGAGUUUUAUGUUUUUAUUGUGAUCUGUCACCUUUUUUUAUUUUGUAACUGAGCCAAAACACACCGAUAUCCUACGUCACAUCUACAUGAUCGUUAGUCAAGCUAGUAUAACUGAACUACUUCCCUCUCCUUCGCUCAUUUUUUUGGGUUUAAAACGUUUUCCUAACAUUAUCUAGUUGUUGUAAUGUUGACAAUUAGUAGCAAAGCACUGCGUCCCUUUUUCUCUUAUAUAUCAGGCGUAUGUUUGAGAUUUAGCGCUUUAUAUUGACAACGUAACAGCUAAACCCAAUGGUAGUCAUCGUAAUGUCCGACGUUUGUGCCGUUUUCUCUCGCCAUUUAUCGGCCAUAAGCUCUUAAGGAGCUUAUGCCUCCUCAAGACCCAUCUCAUUCACUAAUGUCAAUUUGGUAGCAAAACUUAUUUUAUCACGCUGUGAUAAACAGUUGUAGUACCCUGACAACACGCUACGAACUAUGGAAACCAGUGAGUUUUAAGCCUGUCCGGCUCUUGCUGCAAUCAAGUUGCAUGUGCGUCCGCUGUUUACAAAUAAUCCCUCUAUAAGUGGGACGUUUCUGUACCUCCACCAUCAGUUUCAGAUCCAAAGAGGAGGAGCGAACACCAUCAGGAUCAUUAGCUUAUCAGCAUUGAUGCAGGUAGAUUGAUAUUCUGGGCAGAGCAAAAGCGACACUGCCAAUCAGGAUUUCAUGCAAUAAACUUAAUUGUAAGCACACAUCUGAGAGUGCAAUCAUUCACCCAAAAUCUGUUUUCUUUCCCAAUCAUUCUGAGCGGAUCACCCAAUAACUCUGAAUGCUGACUGUUAUUUAGGAGCUGCAAUCCGGUUAUUGUACAAUUGUGUUUAUCGACGUCAUAGGCAGCUGCUUGCACUUUUUCUCCUCUUCGUAUUGAUGAAUGCAGCUAAUAGGUUUUACAUUUUAACUGCAAGCAAACAACUCCUGACUCUUCUCGUCUCCCAGCAACCUACAUGCGUAAUUUGGAAGUGUGUGUUCUUCUCCCCGGAUAAUGCCUUGUACACACGUAGACAGGUCUUCGUAAAAACAAAUCUCUCUGCCACGUACAAACAGGAUCCUUUUCAGAAAGGGUUUUCAUCCACAUGAAUCCACACAAAUAUGUGACUCAGCGUUACUUUAAAUAUGCCAAACCUAUAGGGGGCAGUGUAGGGCAAAGCUAAAACCUACCUCAGCCAAUCGGAUUGCUUCAAAACAAUUUCUUGUUAGGAAUUAGACAUAGCUCCAGGUGGUUUGUGUGGACAGAUAGAUACUCUUAACUAGCGUAUUAGAAUAUAAAGUUAAUAAAACACAACACAAUGUUGCUUGGGAGUCACGUCAAAGCAAGUAUGUAGAUAUAUUGGCACAUUAUUUGGUGCAGACUGUAAUGGCCAUAACCCUAAAUCUCAUGCAAUCAUAAAUAUGGAGUUUUCUCAAAUCUCCACCUUGGUCUGUGUUUUUAUAAACUGUUUUUAGUGAUAUUAAACUGAGUUUUGUUUGGAUGAAAGGCCAAAACAAUAAUUUAUUUGUUUUUCCAGAUAUCUGGCUACUUGGGGACAAGGCCUUUGAUGGGAAUGUAGCCUAAGUGGUUUUAGUUUUAGUUGGUCCACUCUCACGUUGUAAGUCCACAGAUGAGCGUUUCUGAUUUGUGGACUACCAACUCAUUGGUCGAAUGGAGAAUUCAAAAUGCCUUUGCAUAUUUAUUUUUUCAGAUUCUAGUCGGUUCAGCCUUACUAACAGAUAUUGCAGUGCUUCUCCACCCUGAAGUCUUACUUCUUUCACAAUAACUAUUAUACUUUUGAUUAGAUUCUAACACCAUUUAAUGAUUUAUUUUCUUCCCAAACUGUACAAAUAUAUGGAUUUAUGUUUAAAGCCGUACAUUGUCGCUGAGCUUCCAUCAGGAUAUUAUUUUUGCAUUAAUGUUCUUAAUUGAUGACUUGUUUGUUCAUAUUCUCUAAAAAAGGAUUUUAAAAAUAACUUUAAAAUAAAAACUCUUAAGCCAGAUCACCUAAUAAGUCAAACUUUGAUACAUGUUGUAGAAACUUCACAAUCAAAAACCACAUGACCUGUUCUAAGAUGUCACAAUUGUAAGGCAGCUGUGAAUUUUACUUCACUUUACAUUAUAACCAGCAACCAUAUUUAUUUCACCUAAAAUUUACUUGUUUUAAAAAUUAUGCAGCGUUUUAAAGUAAAUAAAGCCAUAAACCAUUAGAAGAAAAAUAUUUUAAUAGUAUUCACUUCAAAGUUCAAGUUUACUUCUGGUUUAACGUUGAGAAACUAAUAAUAUAAACGCUAUUUAAACUUGAAGGCCAGUCUGAAACUAAAUGUGCCUAUCAAAUGCGGACAAAGUUGACAUCAUUUUUUUAUGGAUGUGUUUUUAAUGUUGUGAGGGCUAAACACCAGAUAGUCAGUAGAAAAAGAUGGUUCAAAAUAAGUUUUAAACAUUAAUAGAAAGUCUCAUGAGCACAAUUCAAAGAAAUGUGCAUUUGCUUACAUUUUGUGAACUUUCUUUUCUGAAUAGAACAGCCAAAAGACGAGUUUGUGCUUCUUUAAAAAAACGUAUAUGUUCAUAUUAUAAAUAGAUAUACAGCAAGUAAUGACCAGAACUCAAGUUGACUUAAAGCUGCAUUCGGAUUUACUGACGGCUUAAAAAAUAAUCCAAUCAUCAAAGGACAAAGCAUCUGCAAAGUGUGAAGGUUAUGUAACUGAGAGUCAAUUGUUGGCAAGAAUGAAAUUACAAAAAGGCGUUUGAGCAUUAUGGUGGCACUUCAGGUUCACCAGGUUGAGCCUGAUUCACGAAGAAGGCAGUUAUGCAUCUGAGCGAAAUGUCUGGCUAUAAUUCAGGAUUAUAGUUUUGCAGAACCAGUGGAAACGAAAGCUAUUUCAAAAAAUGUCAAGUUGUAAAAAUUAUAAAUACAAAAAAAGUGUAAAGCAUAUUUUUCCUUUCAAUUUAAUGAAAACCAAUGCAAUGUCAGUUUGUGAAAUAUUCACAAAACUGGUCUAACUGAAAACUUUUCUGGGGUUUUUGCACUUCCGUCUUUGCUGGAAGAGUUUAUCAGAUGUCAACUAACUAUCUAAAAUUAAUGAGUGUUUGGAAAUGUUUACAGUUUUUUGUGCAGCAUAAUGGAUCUAAGCAGCAGUCUGGUGAAAAUUAGCCCGUUGUUCUACGCUUUGCUUCGCUUGGAAACGAGUGUAACGGUGUAGAAAAGAAAUGGGAAAGGAUAGGACUGAGAUUGUUUUAGGCAAAACGAAUAUGGAUGAAUUUGCACAGAAAUGUAACAAUAAAACACUAUAUAACAUAUUUAGGGAAUUUAUCAAUAUAAAACUGCGAUAUUGGGGUUAAAAGUGUAAAACUAAAUUACAGUUUUUGUCAAAAGUUCACAAAAUCAGUCCAACUGACAACUUUUGGGGGGUAUUUAUUUAUUUAUAUAUAUAUUUACUAUUUUCCCUGCUGGUACAUUUUGUAAACUAAUCAUGUAAAAUUUGGAAAUGGUCGUAAAUGUUCACCGUUUUUAGUACAGCAUAAUAUAAGUCUGGUAAAAAGAAAAAAAGUUACACUUUGGUUCGUGAAGGAAGACUGGAAGAGCAAAGGAAAGCAAUGGCCAGAUUACAACUAACAUGAUUAUAGGCAAAGUAACACAAAACUAAACAAAUUUACACGAAAAUGUCAAACUUUGCAAUGAAAUAUAAAGAUAGAUCUUUAAAUAACCAACGUAGGCAGUGUAUCAGUAAAAAAAAACAGUUGAUUUGGGGGUUAGUUAGACUUUAAGUAAAUCGCUAAACAUAAUAAAUAUAAAAAAUUGUAAACCAUUUGCUGAUUUUCAAAGAAAAUUUUGUCAGCUGUCAAAAUCACAAAAUUGGUCUAGAAUGGGCAACUUUUGAGGGGUAAUUUUUAUUUUUUUCUUUGCUGGUUUGGUUUACCAGAUGUAAACUUAAUCACAUAAAUUUGGGAAUGCUUGUAAAUUUUCCCAGUUUUUUGUGCAGCAUAAAGAACAUAGUUGACUCAUUUGGCAAGAAAACAAAAUUUACUUCCUAAGACAUCUAUCACCUUCAAACGCCUAAGUUUCCUACUUAAUGACGGCAUUAAAUGCACUUUGGACUGCUUAGAGUGAGGCAAGCCAUAUUUACACUACUGAAAUAUACAGUAUUUAAUACUAAAUAAAUCAUGUAUGAGCUGGAUUUUAGCCACUUUCCCUGCGUUUCUACCUCCAUCUCUCAGGCCCACAACAAAAGUUUGUCUUUUUUGUUUUUUAAGGCAUUCUUUUGCAUCUUAAUGCUCCACCACACGUCGACACUCAAUGGUUCUCAGUGGUCACAAAAUAAAAUCAUCAAUACAAGAAUUUUAUAAAUGCUCAGUUUGCUUCUUUUAUCUGUGAUGCGUUUUAGUUUACUUUUGUUAAGGAUUUGUGCAUUUUCUUCACAACUUCUUACUGUGUUUCUGAUGUUUUGAGGUGGAAAAAUGUUAAAGGUGCUAUGUGUAGUAUCCUCUAAGAGAACAUGUGUUGGUCUUAAAUAAAACCACUGUUCAGGCCUGAACAGUGAUUAAUUACCUCUGGUCAUUAGACAAAACAAUGGUUCUGGCUUUGCUGAGGAAUCCUGAAAAAUGCACUUUGAUUGUUGGACAAAGUGUGCAAAGUUGGUCACGUUUGCCUCUUUUCUUGCUGUCUGGAAGCCACAUUUCCAGAAAACGACUCUAAAGUGGCUCAUUGUGACUUUAUGUUGUAGCACUUGUUAAUCUGUUUGGUAAAAUAAUGUCCAGCGACAAAUCCUACACACAAUACCUUUAAAUGAAAGACCCGUUUGGAUUUUUUUCUUAUUGUAAACAUGAGUCAAAUGUAAUUUUUUUUUUCUCAUUUUUCUGGUGUCUCACUGAAUUUUUG